UCAUUUUUACUCAGAAUUUCACAGGCAAUAUUUCACUUUGUGUUUUUUAUUAUUGUUUUCUUGGGACCUGUUAUUUAUAAUGUCUCAAAAGAUUUUCUGAAUGUUUUUUUACAUUUAAAAACAGCGCAGGUGUGAAAAAGUUCGCAUAGACUACUCUACAAAUACAAACAAAGUAUUAACAAUACAAUGGAGUCGGGGCCAAGCUCUGGCAAUACUCUUGCCUCAGAGUAUGCAUUGCGUGUGGCGUUGCAAACAAUGAAGGAGCGUUGCCUGGUACUUCAGCGACGCCUGGCUGUAUUGGAUCAAGAUAAUCAAGAACUACGGGAAAGCAUUGAGGCAGGUAAAACGACAUCGAUAGCACAGAACAGUAAUGGCCCCACAGCUGCCGUUGCGAAUGAGCUGAUGGUAUUGCGUAUGCAUGUUUUGGAAUUAAGUCGUCAAAAGCAACAAUUAAGCGAAAGCAUAAACAUGGUUUCAAACGAAAACCGAAAGCUCUGGUCGCGACUCUCCCAAAUAGCCAAAGAUAAUAAUUGGCGUGCCGCAAAGGAGGCAUAUAUAGCGGGAGUCGAGGGCGAACAAGAUGACUUGCAAACAAGCCCACAAAAUGGUGGUGGUGCUAGUCAAAAUCUUAUACGUUCCAAAACAUUUACACAACACUCGCCCAAUCCUAAUUUACGCCACAAGCUAAUACCAAAUGGCUCCGAACUAAGCAUGGAAGAAGUUGCCUUAGAUGGCUACGAGCAAAACGUCGAAGUAGUCGAAGACAAAAAUGGUUAUGGAACAACCGCAGAUAGUGAAUUAGGGUUUGCUUUCCUGAAUGUUGACGAUGGUGCUAACGAGGCAGGCAAUAACGACGAUGCAGACUUAGAUCCUGUAGCUAAGAAAUGCAUGGAAGGUUUACAAGAAAUGCAACGGGAGGCAAUUAAACAACAACAAGCACUUAUUGCGCUUGAGAGUAAAUUGGCUCUUCAGCCGUGCACAGAUUGUGCAAAGAAAUCAAAGAAACCAGAAACUGCUGACAAAAGCCUUGAAACGGAUGAAAGCCUCAGCGAAGCAUUGCAAGUGAAUAAAAAACUAGAGGACAAAGGCGUAAAAGCAUGGCCGGGCUAUAAUGAAUCUGAAGAAGUAUAUUCUUGUUCCAAUGAUACAGAGGAAGAAACCUUCUUGGGUGUAGAUGGAUAUUAUGAUAAAGUACAGGACGUAUGUAAUAUCGAAUCUGCUGAUCGUUUGUGUCCAUUGUGUGGAAGGAAAUUUGACCACACUGUGCCGUGGGAGCAGUUCCAGCAGCACGUCGAAGCUCAUUUCACCGGGAGGGACAUUGAGUUCUGACAAAACCCAAAAAUAUAUUUUUCUUCGGAGUUGUGAGACGAAGAAUUAUUUAAUGAGGUUAUAUUGUGUGCUUGUGACUAGUUACCUAUAAUGGACUGAUUUUGUUGAAGAAAAUUCAUGUUUAGUAAAUAGAAAAGUUAUGGUGAGUUGUGUAUACAUUAACGGAACAGUUAUGUAUGUAGUUUUUUUUUGGUUUUUUUUUUUUUG